CAAAUUGCACGCUGCCGCGAUCGCGAAUUGAAUCGUGUGGAUCUUAUCAGUCGAUCGCGGAUCUUCAAGACGGCGCGCGUUCUCAGCGUGAUUAUGCAAAAUGAAAGUUGUGACGGUGAAUAGUUUCUGCGCCCUUGGGCUGCUCCUGAUCGCACUGGCAAGUCCGGUUGCCAGUCAGAGAGGCCAGACGAGGACGAAUCCUCGGGAUAACGCCCUGCGCUUCGGCAGUUCGAAUGCGACGCACGAUUACGCGUCUUCUGGCGACUCCAUUCUGGCGAGACUUUACGAUCGCAUUGCUGGCAUUAUGGAUGUCGACGAGCAGAUUCUGAAGCGCUUGGAAGCACUUGAGUACAAAAUAACGCGAGUCGAGGUGUCGAAUCAGGAUCGCUAUGACGCCAUUCGCGCUGAGGUGCGGGAAUUGUCGCGUCGCUAUCAGAACGUCGAUUGGAUCCUGACGAAGGCGGAAGGCUCCAUUGAGGAGCUGAAGGGUGAAUGGGACGCCGUGAAGGGUAAUUUGUAUCAGGUGAGAGAUGGCGGACCGGUGACUUCCGGCGAGUUCUCGGAUAAGCUCAACUCGCUCGCCACCUUGCUCACAUCCACGCGCCAAGCUGUGGCGCGCGUGGAGAAGGAGCUCAUCUCCAGCGGGCUGAACAUUACUCACUUGCAGUCCCAUCUCAAAGAAGUGUCGCUGGCGCAGAGGAACUUGCCCACAAAGGCAUUUCUUAACAGUGCUCUGCUCGGUCUCAAGAGCCAUCCAGUGUACGCUGUGAUGCAGCCAGGAAGCGCUCGUAGUGCUGCUGAGGCUUCCUGCGAACUCUCUGUCCUGCCGUCGAGUUGCCGGGAGGCGCAGAGGAAAUCGGGCAUCAUCAGAGUGGAGCCGAGCGGUUUCAACAGAAAUCCCUUCUACGUCAACUGCCUCGAAGGAUGGACAGUGAUUCAGCACAGAGAUGACGGCGGAGUUAAUUUCUACCGCACAUGGCAAGAGUAUCGGCAUGGCUUUGGCAAUCUCGACGGAGAGUUCUGGAUUGGGCUUGAUAAAUUGCACCAGUUGACGGCCACUCGAGUCCACGAGCUGCUAAUCCACCUGGAAGAUUUCGAGGGUGAGCGUCGAGUCGCCCAGUACGACGCCUUCGCGAUUGGCGGCGAGAAGGAGCACUUUGCGCUGAUGCUGCUUGGCAAGUACACGGGCGACGCCGGUGACUCGCUCUCCUAUCACGCCGGCCAGAAGUUCUCGGCCCUGGACAUGGACAACGACUCGUGGGUGGAGGGAAACUGCGCCCAGGCGCACACCGGCGGCUGGUGGUACAACGCCUGUGAUACGAGCAACCUCAACGGACGCUAUUUGGGCGGCGAAGUGCCUGACGAGCUGCGCUACCAGGGAAUCUACUGGAAUGACUUCAAGGGUGCCAACUACUCUCUGCGGAAGGUGCGAAUGAUGAUCCGACCGGUGGAAUAAAACGGCGCUGAAGAUCUGCUGUCCUGUGUUACUGCCACUGUCAAAGAAGCGCUUCUCUUCUCGGCACGCAUGAAAUGCUUUUGUAUCAGUGAGAUAAAUCACUUCACCUUGUUGAGAGUAUUAUCGCCAAAUUGAUUUCAUUG